AUGCCGACACCACCAACUCCAGAAUCACCCGCUCGUGCCCGACCAGGGAGCAACGGUCUACUCAUCGACCCUCAGACACCGAGUCCGACUCGGACCCGUCGUCUCGAGCCUGACCAAGAAAGUGAUAUGGAAGAUGAUCUUGAUGCUGUCUUUGCCGUCCAUGAUCUCCUGAUCAAUUCCUCUGACAUCCUGGAGGGGAUAGACAAGUUGCCGGUGACAAAAUUCGUCACCAUUGGAGGUCAAUCGGCCGGAAAGUCUAUGUUCCUGAGCUGCCUACUCAACAUUAACCUGUGGAGUGAAUACGGUACCACCGCCACUUUUGGUCCCACGAUGAUUCACUCUCGGUUCCGUGAGGCACCCUUUGAAGCCAGCAUCGAAAUCGAAUUCCUGAAUCCGGCACCGGGGAAGCCCAGAAAAGUCCUCUUUACCACCGAGCCAUUGAGGAACAGCGGAGAAGUACGUGAGGCUCUGCGCUUGGCCGGUAAUGAGGCUAGACGGUCUAGAGACGGGAUGAUUCGAGUUCGAACGCUGGAGACCCUCUCUCAGCUAAGCGACGAUGAGCGACUCAGAGGAAGUGGGAGCUUGCCAAAAUUCACAGACAACGUUGUCACGCUGCACGUGAGCGGCCCUGACCAACGAAACGCCACGGUUGUAGAUCUUCCCGGUCUAAUAGGGGGUGACGAUGGCCCGAAAGUGGAAGCUUUUGCCGAGUUAUAUCUCGCUGAUCUUAACAAUAUUGCGAUUCUCUGCCUCGCGGCGGGUGGUGCCGAUCCGUCGUUUUCCGCUCGUGAAAUACAGCUAGUCAAGAAGCACCGUCCACAGGGGCAAAUGGUGGCAGGGAUAAUCACCAAAGCCGACUAUAUCGAACUACCAGCCAAAUCUUCCUUUAUUCAGCUUGCGCAUGAUGAAUAUCCUCAUUUCCAGGGAUUCAAGGCAGAAUACAAAUGGUCAAUUGUCCGGCUCAAGACAGCCGAUGAGAAUGUUCAAAACAGGACCUACGACGAGACCCGGCACGCCGAACGCGAGUUAUUCGCCGAAAGGCGCUGGGCCGCCGUCAAGGAGAGGGGGCUAGCAACUCUUGGGAUGGACGCCACCAAGGACAAGCUGUUCAAGAUUUUUGCCCGUCUGGCCAAAGAAGAUAAAUCCAAACUCCCUUCACUCCUAGAGGAGCGCAAGACUGAAGCGAGAGCGAAACUUUCCGCCCUACCGAGUGAAGAAGCACGACCGAUCGGUGCACUUCACGAUCUAAUCAAUGAGACCGUCUCUGUGCUUCGAACAAAGCUAUACAAGACGGACAAAUAUACCAAGAUGUUGUGCGAUUCUCAAAGGCAGUUUGGGACCUCUUUGAAAAAUACCAUUCCCAUCUGUCACCCGGUCCUCAACACGGCCGCUGAAUCUAUCUCGGCAGAUGACACUGUCCCGUCCACACCUGAUGGUACUGGCCAACAGCGAGGCCCUGCGACCCUUGCGAGCCAGGCCGAUUUAUGGCUAGAUGACGUCCUAAGCGUUGUACGAAAGAAAACUUCAGCUCGAGACGGUACAUGCUACAUCGACGAGUGUCGUCUUGAGCUCACCCUCCGCACGACCUCACUCUGGACCGAAAUUUGUCUCACUUACAUAGGGGAGACGUGGAAAAUCGUCGACCUCGCUAUCAAAGAGGUACUGGGGGGAAUUUGCGAGAAGGAGGCUCUUCGUAGGAAGGUCGUGACUCAUUUGACCAAACUUCAGAAAAUGUAUAGGGAUCGUACGAAGGAGCGACUAGACUGGCUAUGCGCUAGAGAACGUCAAGGCCGCGAAUUAUUGGAUUUACUCGACGACGACAGAAGAGAAGUAUUCCGUACUUUGGUAAAACACUUGUUUGAUCGAUUCAAUAAGACGUAUCACACCAAACUGCUCGAACAAUCGAACGACUUCCAGGGACUAGCUCGUCGCUCGGCACCCUUAUCAUCCCCAAGAUCGACGAGCGCCGCCUCGCAAGUCAGCGACAGUGAUGCGGAAGGAGAUUCGAUCUGGACCAAGGUAAAAGCACGUGAAGUGCGAAGGGCUAUCGAGGUGCAAGGCGGACUGACAGUCUGUCUGAACCAAGCCGCGCAAAGAAUCUUGGACGUGGUGGGGCGAGAGGGACAAGCGACUUUGCUCGAUUAUCUCGAUGGAGCGAUAUGUGCAUUGAGGCAAGGCUUCGAUCUCGAAAAUACGGUGGAAAUGGUGACGAAGCGAACCAGAGAUAUGUUUGAAGCGGAUGCGGACACUGGAUCCUGGUUUGGCGCGAAUCCGGAUGUGAUUUGUUAUCCUCCCUCUAUCGCCAUUCGUUCCAUUCUUUCACUCAGCGGUCCGACGUGA